AAAACCAUUGACUCGAGUGUGUUCGUUGACUGUAUUACGGGGUGCUUUUUUAGAACCAGUUGCAACCAUGGUAGAUCACAAAGUCGCUCUGAUUGUCAUUGAUGGCUGGGGUAUCCCAAGUGCCAACUCUCCCCCCGAGGGCGAUGCUAUCGCUCUUGCGGACACUCCUUUCAUGUCUGGCUUCGCUGAGCCCAACUCCAAGACCGCUCAGGGCUACACCGAGUUGGAAGCUUCGUCGUUGGCUGUCGGUUUGCCCGAAGGCCUCAUGGGUAACAGUGAAGUCGGCCACCUGAACAUCGGCGCUGGUCGUGUUGUCUGGCAAGACAGUGUUCGCAUCGACCAGACGCUCAAGAAGUGUGAAUUCAACAAGGUCGAAAACAUUGUCAAAUCCUUCACUCGUGCAAAGGAAGGCAAUGGCCGUCUACACCUCCUCGGAUUGGUGUCCGACGGUGGUGUUCACUCCAAUAUCACCCACUUGAUCGGUCUGCUACAGGUCGCCAAGGAAUUCCAGAUCCCCCAGGUUUACAUCCACUUUUUCGGUGACGGUCGUGAUACCGAUCCCAAGAGCAGUGCCAAGUACAUGCAACAAUUGCUUGACAAGGCCAAGGAGAUCGGCACUGGUGAGAUCGCUACCGUUGUGGGACGUUACUACGCCAUGGACCGUGACAAGAGAUGGGACAGAAUUGAGCUGGCGAUGAAGGGUAUUGUCAACGGCGAAGGUGAAGAGAGCAUCGAUCCAGUUCAGACGAUCAAGGAUCGUUAUGAGAAGGGGGAGACCGAUGAAUUCUUGAAACCCAUCAUUGUUGGCGGCAAGGAACGUCGGGUUCAAGAUAAUGAUACCCUCUUCUUCUUCAACUACCGUUCCGACCGUGUUCGGGAGAUCACCCAGUUGUUGGGUGACUUCGAUCGCUCCCCUAAUCCCGACUUCCCCUACCCCAAGAACAUUCAUCUCACUACUAUGACACAAUACAAACCCGAUUAUACCUUCCCCAUUGCCUUCCCACCCCAGCACAUGGGCAACGUCCUCGCGGAGUGGCUUGGCAAGAAGAAUGUCAAGCAAUGCCAUGUCGCGGAGACAGAGAAAUAUGCUCACGUUACUUUCUUCUUCAACGGUGGUAUCGAGAAGCAAUUCCCAGGUGAGGAGCGGGAUCUGAUCCCCUCUCCCAGGGUUGCCACAUACGACCUCGACCCUAAGAUGAGCGCUGGGGCUGUUGGUGACAAGAUCGUUGAACGUCUUGGCGAGCAGAAAUUCGAAUUCGUUAUGAACAACUUCGCUCCGCCUGACAUGGUCGGCCACACCGGUGUCUACAAGGCGGCUGCCGAGGGUGUUACCGCCACAGAUAAGGCGAUCGGCAAGGUCUACCAGGCCUGCAAGGACAAUGGAUAUAUUCUGUUCAUUACGGCAGACCAUGGAAAUGCUGAGGAGAUGCUUACUGAGAAGGGCACUCCGAAGACCUCUCACACAACCAACAAGGUUCCCUUCGUUCUGGCGAAUGCCCCAGAAGGCUGGAGUCUCAAGAAGGAUGACGGUGUUCUCGGAGACGUGGCACCGACUGUUCUCGACGCAAUGGGCAUUGAACAGCCCGUGGAGAUGACCGGAAAGAGUCUUUUGGUCAAGGCAUAGAUUUGACUAGACGCACCCCCAUUUCUUUCCCUUUGCUCUAAAUAAUACCUACCAUGGUCUUGGUUAAAUCUAUAGAAAUGAGAUACGAUACAGGAUGGAUGUUAGCCGAGGGUA